AUUAAAAUGAAUAUUUACCCGUGAAGGCUUCGUGCUUCCAACUCAUGAUUUCACUCGAAUGACAAUAUACUAGUUACUCGAAUAGAAUGUUUAAACUCACACGUGAUCCCCACACCGGUAAGUUAGAAUGGAGUGUACUUCAUAACAGUGCAGAUGAUUCUGAAGAUACAGUCGGAGGUCUUGAAAGUGAGAUUGCUCUUUCGUCGUAUGGUGACAUGCUCCAUGAUGAAGACAGAAAUAACAAGUAUGCGGAGGCCAUUACCAAGGCUGUUCGGUCACUGACAGACCUUAAAGACGGAAAAAGUAAAAUUCAUUGUGUGGAUAUUGGCACUGGAACUGGCUUACUGGCGAUUCUAGCUCUCAAUAGCGGAGCUGAUCUUGUCACUGCUUUCGAGUCUUUCCUACCGAUGUAUCAAAUUGCAUCUCAAACGCUAUUGGACAACGGAAUUGACCAAUCAAGCGUCGAAUUAGUUCCAAGAUGCUCCAAAGAUGUCAAACGAAGUGAACUUUCACUCAAAGAGGAAGUUAAUUUAAUAGUUGCUGAAAUAUUUGACACUGAAUUGAUCGGCGAAGGUUGUCUCAGUACAUUUAUACACGCGAAGAAAGAGUUAUUAACUACUUAUAAACAGAGCGAUGAUUACAAAUUUGUUCCUCAUUCGGCAAAAGUUUUCGUGAUUACCUUCCAAUCGAAAUUCAUUAGGAAGUUUUUGAGAAUCGAAAGAGCAUUUGGAGAAAGUUAUUUUGGGUCGUAUUUCAAGAAUGUUCAAAGUUGUUCAGGACUUGCCUCGCCUUUAGAGCUUCAAUUCGCGCAUUUAUUGGAAUCGGAUUAUUUGAAAGAUGAUUUUAUCGAACUAUCAAAACCCAUCGAGGUUUUUGAUUUCAAUUUUUCGAACCUUUCGGAGGAAAAUUUAGAGGAGAGCAAAGAAAUAGAUAUUCAAUGUACGAAUUCAGGUUCAAUUGACGGUCUGUUGUUUUAUUGGAAGCUAUUUAUGAAUGAUGAUUCGGCAGAAAAUGACUGUGAUUCAAUUAUUUCUACAUCUCCUUUUAAGGACAGUUUCAGAGAUCUGAAAGUCCCCUGGCGUGAACAUUGGAUGCAAGCUGUUUACUGUCCGAAAAAUGCUAUAAAAGUUGAAAAAGGGAAACACAUUAAGCUGAAAUGUAAUCACGAUGAAUACAAUUUCUGGUUUGAUAUUAAUUCUGUUUCGGAGCCAGAAAAAUUCACAGACAACGAAAUCAAUCCCCCAUCUUGUUUUUGUGGAGUGCAUAUUUGCCUUAAUCGAAAUCGGUUUCUGCUAGCCAACGAUAUUGAUUACUUCGAGAAAUACCGAAAAGCUCUUUUGACUUACAAUUUGAGCUCAAAAACUGUUUUACUGGUAGGAAACUUCAACCUAUUACUUGAUUUAAUUCUUUCCUUGAAACCCGCUAAACUUUUAAUUUACGAAGAAAACACACUUUGUUUGAAAACUUUACGAAAAAUUAUUAAGUGCAAUAGUAUACCAAAUAUUGAAGUUGAAUUCCUACAAAUAUUGCCACAAAGCUUUGAAGUUGAUUUCAUUAUUGGCGAACCUUAUUUUAUGUCGUCGGAAUUACCGUGGCAUAAUGUCCUAACUUUUCGACAAAUAGUAAAGUUUGUUCAAAAAAAUUCUAGCCAACCCUUUCGAGUGAUUCCUUCAAAAGCAGUUUUAAAAUGUGCGCUUGGACGAACGACUAAUUUGCAUAAAAUUCGUGAACCGAUUUCAGGAUCAAUUCAUGGAAUCAAUUUACAAGCAUUUAAUCAAGUCAUGACUAAGGUAUCAAAAUCUGCCUUUGCAAAUGUUGAAAGUCAUCGAUUAUUUCAGUACGAAACUUUUCUUCACACAAAACCAAAAACAAUUCAUGAAUUCGAUUUGAGUUCCGAAGUAAACGAAGAGAGUUGGAGCUAUCAAUUUGACCUGAAAAAUAUUCUAUCGGAGAAGAAAAACCGUUGUGUGUCAAAUUGUUUAUUCCUAUGGAUGGAAUAUGAAUUGAUUAGUUCGCAAACAAGUGGCGAUUGUGAAUGCAAAAAUGUUGUCAUAUCGGAGGGUCUUUUGGAUCAGUUGGAUCAAGGAGAUAAUUUCGACGAUAGAAAUCAAACUGAUAAAAAUACUAACUGGAAUCCCGUGUAUAAGCAAGCUGUUAGCUGGGUUGAUUCAAAUUCUACGCAAAUCAUUCAGAUUGAAUAUUUUUAUGAUACAAAUGAAAUAAAUAUCAAGUUGGAAAAAUGAACUGAAAAAAAAUUAGGCAACUCUUAUCUCAAUUUCAAUAAAAUUUUUUAUUGAUGA